CAGCGAACAACCCAGCCUUUUUUUCCACAUCAAAACCCCUAAAAAAAACCGUAUUCUUCUCUACAUUCAUCCAGUCGUUGCAAAAUGAAGUCGGCAAUCAUCCUCGCAUCUUUCCUGGUCAACCUCGCCCUCGCCUCGCCCGUGCCCGCCGACAAGCGCGGCACCGUUCAGGGCGUUGGAAUUCCCAUGUCCGACACUGUGAGAUACAUCUUCGAGGUUCAGAAGCCUGCCACGGGCCAGCCUGAUGCCUACAAGGCCGAGGAAGAUGCCGCCGACCCCGCCGCUGUGCUCGGGGACAAGAUGACCAAACGGCACACCGUCGAGGGUGUCGGCAUUCCCAUGUCUGACACUGUGAGAUACAUCUUCGAGGUUCAGAAGCCGGCCGCGGGCCAGCCUGAUGCCUACAAGGCCGAGGAAGACGCCGCCGACCCUGCCGUCGUGCUCGGGGACAAGAUGACCAAGGCCUAAGCGAUUUUGGGCAAGAUGACCUCGUUGAUAGAUCAAUUGGUUGUUACAUGUAGCUGGGUACGGGAAUGGCAACAGUCGGAGGACGAGGGAGACUAUUACGAUCGAUUCUAUUUUUAUAAGGUAGCCCCUCUCAAAAAGAACAUGACUACUUCUUGCGUCUACAACCGCCACUUUUUCUG